AUGGCACAACAACCCACCGCGACGCUCUGCAAUGACCCGUUCAGCCACACACACUACAGCUUCCCUUCUCCACCGACCCCCUCAAUCGGCACAGUCGGCGACAUUUAUCUCAACACUAAUCAGACCAAACCCGCACUCUAUGCUCGACUACCUGAUGGAUGGAGGAUCUGGAUGGGGCCUAAGGGACGGUCGGAUCCUAUUGUGUGUCCGCAGGAUGACAAGUAUGUGCUCAAUAUCGCACUGUUGAGGGGGGAGCAUGGGUGGUUGCCGCGAGAAACCCUGAAUGCACGAAUGAUCCAACCGGCCCAUAUACUUCUCCAACAAUUACUCAAGAAACAAGCACUGAAUGCCAAGCGAAAACCAGCAGACCAUGCUGGUGGUGAUGCCGCCAAACGACCUCGAGUGUCAGACUCAACUCUAACCUCUAUCUCAACAAAGACAAAUACUUCUCUCUCUACUCCUCGAAACAAUGGCACCCCCAACACCAGUUCCAUAUCCGCUCCUCCCAACGCCAAACGGAAACCCGACCAAACUACUGGUCAUUCCAAGCGCCCUCGACUCUCUGAGCCUGUUCCGGCGAAAGAGACGAGUCCUUCCCCAUCUCACUCCAACAAUUAUUCUCCUCCACCUUCGGUCAGAAGCCCCAGUCCGUCUAUACCAGCUUUACCACCACCCGAAGUAACAAAGCUCAAGAAACCAUCUUCGCAUCCUCUACGUGAUCUCUCAGCUAUGUCGCGAACACCCAGCUCCUCCACUUUCCAUCCAACAAUGACAUCUACGCCAAAGCCACUGCCAAAGCGAACCGGAUCAGACAAGAAACCUACGGAGCCUCUUCCUCCUAGCACCAUUCCAACGAAGCGGUCACACUCAAAAGGGUUGGAGCCGAGUCCUCCAAAGAAACGUCGUGUGGAGCCAGAUGAUGAAGACGACGACAUUCUUCCCGGAGAACCACCAAGUGCUGCCAAAGCUGCGGAAGCAGAAAGAAGAAGACUGUGUAAGGAGGCGCUUGCUCCGUUUAAGUCGAGAUUGAAACAUAUGGCGACUCUUAAACGGCCAUGGGAAGGCACGCUGGCGGCUGCAAGCGCGCUAUUCGACCGAGAGGACCCAAUUCACAACACGCUCAAACUGAAGUCAUGGGCGUAUGCGGAUGACAUCGGCGGGCUGGCGCUCGAGGUGGGGAGGCGUAUUGACAAGGUCACGAAGACAAAGAAGAGCGAGAUGCGGGAGAAGGAACCGUGGGUUGAUAGGGCCGACAGCCGAGCGAUUGCGCAGCAGUGGAAAGUCGGAAUGUGGGCGUACUGUCAAGGAUUUUGGAAGGAGAUUGGUACCUUUCGCUCGUUCUACGAGAAGUACAAAGGACCGAAAGGCGUUGAAAUGUCGACAACAGCGUGGGCCACGUUCCGAGCGAUAGAAGAAGAAGCGCGGUCUUCUGCGGACAGACAACAAAACAAUGGAAACAAUGCCAUUCAAGCGGCGUUGCCAAAGCCCAGGCCACCACAUUCGACAAGCAUGAAACCAAAAGCCGAGCCUCGUCCUUCUUUCGCGAUCAAGUCUGCGCCCACUGACAUUUCUGACAAGCAACCGACUUCAGAACUCCCGUCGGGCCACGAGUUGGCACCGAAGCUAACUACGCCGCCUCUGAAUGUGAAGUCACCUCUUCUGCCCAACAUGCACCAGCCAGUUGUGCAAGAGCCGCAAGAAGAAACUCCCAUCCGUAUGCAGCUUCCGCAAUCGAACGAAGAGCCUGAAAGGGUCCCAUCUCGCGAGCCGAGUCCGAUAUUGGAGGACAUCCGUGACGCCCCCAGUCCUGGUCAAGCUGUGGAUCGCGAAACAAUCAUACCAGCAUCACCGGCUCCCAGUUUGUCUCAUGCCUUGACUCCACCUCCACUUUCACCACCUCUGCCACCAAUCCAAGUCAAAACAGAGCCCAUUUCGACUUUCUUGCAAAGUGUCAAUGCUGGGCCGAAACCGGGCCAGGAGGUGGUUGAUCUGACGCUGGACUCUGACGAUGAAGAGGCACCUACGCCAAAGCUCGCUUCCCUACCACACCCUACCUCUUCUUCUUCUCGUGCUGCUACUUCUUCCGAACCUGUUAUUCCCGCGCCGCUCUCACGUCCAUUGUCUCCAGCCCUCGAUGACGCACCAAACCGCACGUCUUUGGUUUCUGCAAGCCCAGCAACGCCGGCCUCGAACCGGGUGACUGCAGAGCCCUUGAUGCGAAGUAAACCUCGUUCGAAGAAGAAACCCAGGAAGUUGGCGGAGUUUGUGGACCAGUUGCUCGAAAAUGAUGAGAUGAUUGGCAUCCGACCUGCUGCGAAUAAUAAUCGGACACUGCCUAAUCUGCCAAACGAUGACUCGGAAAUGCCGCUGCGACGGUCUGAAUCGGAGAAAGAAAAUCAGGAAAUGUCAAAGGCAGAUGCUCAAAAGAACCCGGAAGUACAGGUCAAGCGCGACCAAGAACAGCGUCCGCCGCUGCUUCCGCAGCCGACAACUUCUGGAGGACGAGUAUUUAUCGAUCUCUCAGUGGAUUCAGAUGACGAAGUGUCCUCAAAUAACCAUUCGAGCGCUGAAAUUAGCGGCCCAGCCAGUACUCAUCCCCUUGUCCGCCCAUCACCCUCCAAACCUGACCACUUCUACCUUGUCGCUUCUGAUGUUGACGUGGCCAACGAGAUCUUGCUGCGCUGCGUUGACCCAGGAAGUGAUGCUGCUAACACGGACUGGAACUCGGUGCUCGCCCAUAUUGGGCUUUUGGGGGUCCCGCAGAAUACCAAGCACGAUGAGGAGCUGUGGAGACAGACCGCCCCGGCGUUGAGGGAGUACUAUGUGCAAUAUGUUGCUCCGACAACAGAUGUCCCUGAAAACGACACCGGGCCGAUUAUACCGCAAGAAUCGUCUGCUUUAACCCAAUCUGGACCAAAAGCAUCCCUAGCUGUCGAGUCCGCUGUCGAAACCCUCCCUCUCGAAGCCCCCGAUGCCCAUGUUGGACCGCUCUUAGACCCUGGUGUUUGCAAGAGCACGCAGCACCCCAUCAAGCUGGAGGACAUCUCUUCAGGAAUCCUGGAAGAGCGCAUGCUCGCCAUGUGCCUGACCCAAGUUUGUUUCCCGCCGUUUUCGCAGCACAUGAUCCCGUGUGUGCAGUGCUGGGAGAAACGGAAAGCCGAGGGAGGAAAGGGAGAUGCGUUUGAACUGCCUCAGAACGCCUCACGACGACAGCGGUCGAAUCAUAUCCGCCAACACCACCCUGAGGUAUUCGACUUGAUCGUUGAGAAUACGGCGGGCAUGUCGGACGAGGAGCAGGAGCAAUGGGCUCGGAGCUUCUGGGAAGAUUCGGCGGAAUGA